GAUAGUUGUCCAACUAUAAACGAGGUGAGGAAGCGUCCUCCUUUUUGACUUCCACUUAGCAGAAACGCGUCUCGGUCAAUGAAAAAUCCUCUUCAUCUACAUCUAAGCCAGUAGAAGGGAAGUAAAAUCCUAGGGUUUCAUUGAUCGCUGAGCGUGAGAAGAGAACAGUUCGAAAAUGGCAUCGCAGCUGUAUAUGGAUAAGAUGCAGCUCCGCCAGAACUAUCGCAACCUCUGGCACACUGAUCUGAUGAGGGCAAUUCAAGCCGAUCCUCCUUAUUGCUGCUUCGCUCUUUGGUGUGGGCCGUGUGUAUCAUAUUUGCUGCGUAAACGAGCUCUCUACAAUGAUAUGUCAAGGUAUGUGUGCUGUGCGGGUUAUAUGCCUUGCAGUGGUCGGUGUGGAGAAAGCAAAUGCCCUGAAUUGUGCCUUGCCACCGAGGUUUUCCUGUGCUUUGCAAAUUCAGUUGCUUCUACUCGGUUUUUGUUGCAAGAUGAGUUCAAUAUACAAACUACACGAUGUGAUAAUUGCAUUAUCGGGUUCAUGUUCUGCCUUUCACAACUUGCUUGCAUAUUUUCGAUUGUGGCAAUGAUUGUUGGAAGUGAUGAAAUCUCGGAGGCCUCGCAGUUGCUUUCCUGCUUAUCAGAUUUGGUCUACUGCACGGUCUGUGCGUGUAUGCAGACACAACACAAGGUUGAAAUGGACAAACGGGAUGGUAAGUUUGGUCCUCAAGUUAUGGCAGUGCCACCCGUUCAGCAAAUGUCACGCCUUGAUCAGGCAUAUCCACCCACCGUUGGAUAUCCACCUCCUGCAUACGGGCAACCUGCUGGUUAUCCACCUCCUCAAGCUCAAGGCUAUCCUCCUGCUGGUUAUCCACCUCCUCAAGCUCAAGGCUAUCCUCCUGCAGGUUAUCCGCCUGCUGGCUAUCCGAAGUGACCUCCUUCCCAGUCUUGUCUGGCAUAUCCAAGAUUUAAACUCCUGCACUUCAAAUUUGGUCAUUGGGGGCGUGCAUUUUUUCAGUCAUAGGCUUAACUCUUAUUCUGCCGUGUGCUGGUCUUUGCCAUGUACAUUGUGUUUAAUUUUCUACUUUGCCAUUGUUCUCCUUCCCGGAGAACUAACUAGCAUAUUUUUAGCUGCAUGAUGCCUGCCAACUUGAUCUGCUUUAAGAUAAAAAGCAGUUAUAUUUGUCUUUUGUCACUUACAAAAGUUUGUUUCAAUGUAUUCAUGAAUGUGUCUAUAUUAAUUAAAGCCUUUUGCUGCA